GGCACGCGCGGGAGGUGGGACCGGGAGGCGGUUCGGGUGCCCCGCCUCGUGCCGUACUCUCCUUGCUCGCCUCUGGGUGGCCUUUAAUGUCUUGUGUUCUAAGGUGUGCUGAGGGGAAAGACGCGGGAGGUCUCUAGCCUGACACUAUGGAGGAAGAGAAAAGCUACAAUUUCGACGGUGUGAGCACCAACUGCCUGAAACAGCAGUUGCUGGAAGAAAUCCGCAAGAAGGAUGCAGUGCAACUCUCAAUAUUUGAACUAAGACACAAGAUUACAGAACUGGAAGCCAAACUGAAUACUGACAAUGAAGGUAGUGAAUGGAAAACCCGUUAUGAGACACAACUUGAAUUAAAUGAUCAACUAGAAAAGCAAAUUGUUUAUCUCAAGGAGAAGAUGGAAAAAAUCCGUGGAAACUCUUCAGAUAGACUAUCUUCUAUUCGUGUCUAUGAACGAAUGCCAGUGGAAUCCUUAAACACAUUACUUAAACAGCUAGAAAAAGAAAAGAGGACUCUUGAAAGUCAAGUGAAAUACUAUGCACUUAAACUGGAACAAGAAUCAAAGGCUUACCAGAAGAUCAGCAAUGAACGCCGUACAUACCUAGCUGAAAUGUCUCAGGGUUCUGGUUUACAUCAAGUUUCUAAAAGGCAACAGAUGGAUCAACUGCCUAGGAUGCAAGAGAAUCUAGUGAAAACUGGAAGAUAUAAUCCAGCUAAGCAGAAGACAGUGAGUGCCAAGAGAGGACCAGUAAAAAAGAUUACAAGAUCAAAUCAUCUUCCAGAACUCCAUCCAUGAUUCCAGAACUGGGUGGAUUUCUAUUUCUUCCUUUUUCCAUUUAUAAUACUCAACUUAUGAAGUUAAUGGUCAGCACAUUUCUUCAGGGAAUAAAAUAGAUAAGAACUGCCAAAUUUUUCUUUAGCUCCUUUUCCAGAUGUGUGUUCCUUUGUUUGCAUAAAAGUAAUUUUCUCCAGUGACCCUAAACUAUGAAGUGCUUGAGAGUUUUAAAAUAUCCUAGGGAAUCUGAAGGCUGGCAUCGUUACAUUUACUUUUCAUGGUACACCCAUGAUCUGCUCUGAUAGAAACAUUUCUAUUCUAUUUGGUUUCUAGUUGACUGUCAGCGAAAAGUGUGUAUUCAUAAAACCUUUUUGCUAUUUUGGGCUGGAUCUUGCUCAGUUUUUUAAAUUUCAGGUUUAAACAAAG